AAGUCUGAGCGGGAGAGGGGGCGGAGCGCAGAUCGGUGAGGCGAGUGUCCAGUGUUGUAUUUCUGGCUUCUGUGGUCAUUCACGCUCACUAAUUCAAUGAACAGUAUAAUGGCUGCAUCGUCGAACAGAAUCAUGCUUGGCCCCCUCGUAGCUGCUAUCGACCAAGGCACGAGUUCCACACGUUUUCUGGUUUUCAAUGCAAAAACUGCAGAGCUUCUCAGCCACCAUCAGGUUGAGAUUAAACAGAGCUUUCCUAAAGAGGGCUGGGUGGAGGAGGAUCCAAAAGAGAUUCUUCAGUCUGUAUAUGAGUGUAUGGACAGGACCUGUGAGAAAUUGACCCAGCUCAACAUUGAUAUCUCGAACAUAAAAGCCAUUGGGGUGACAAAUCAGAGGGAAACCACCCUUGUUUGGGACAAGGAAACAGGGGAACCACUUUACAAUGCUAUAGUUUGGCUUGAUCUGCGGACCCAGUCCACAGUAGAAAGACUCAUCAACAAAACUCCUAGCAGGAAUAAAAACCACCUCAAGCACAAGACUGGCCUCCCCAUCAGCACGUACUUCAGCGCAGUGAAGUUACGCUGGUUGAUGGAUAAUGUGGAAAAGGUCCAUGAAGCUGUGCUUUCCCACAGGGCAAUGUUUGGAACGGUUGACUCCUGGCUUAUCUGGUGCUUGACAGGGGGGAAGAAAGGAGGUGUUCACUGCACAGAUGUGACCAAUGCCAGCCGGACCAUGCUAUUCAAUAUUCACACUCUGGACUGGGAUCCAGAGCUCUGCACAUAUUUUGAUAUACCAAUGGAAAUUCUGCCAAAAGUGAGAAGUUCUUCAGAGAUUUAUGGUUUGAUGAAAAUCAGCUCUAAUCUGAAAUCUGGCCCUUUAACUGGUGUCCCCAUAUCGGGGUGUCUUGGUGACCAGUCUGCUGCACUGGUUGGACAGAUGUGCUUCAAAGACGGACAAGCCAAAAAUACUUAUGGGACUGGUUGUUUCCUUCUUAAGAAUGUAGGAACAAAGCCUGUAAUGUCGGACCAUGGACUUCUGACAACGGUCGCAUAUAAACUAGGGCGUGACAAGCCAGCCUGCUAUGCACUAGAGGGUUCUGUUGCCAUUGCAGGAGCAGUUGUGCGUUGGCUAAAGGAUAACCUUGGAAUUAUCCAAACCUCUACAGAACUCGAAAAGUUAGCUGCUGAUGUUGGAACAUCAUAUGGCUGUUAUUUUGUCCCUGCGUUCUCUGGAUUAUAUGCGCCAUACUGGGAACCAAGUGCCAGAGGAAUCAUCUGUGGUCUAACACAGUUCACCAAUAGGAGUCAUUUGGCUUUUGCAGCACUCGAAGCUGUCUGCUUCCAGACACGAGAGAUUCUGGAUGCAAUGAACCAGGACAGUGGUAUUCAUCUGUCUCAGCUCCAGGUUGAUGGAGGCAUGACGUCCAAUCGGUUACUGAUGCAGCUGCAGGCCGACAUACUGUGUAUCCCUGUUGUAAAGCCAUCCAUGCCUGAAACCACAGCUCUGGGUGCUGCCAUGGCAGCAGGAGCAGCUGAGGGGGUCAGUGUAUGGAGCCUGAACCCAGAAGAUCUCACAGAGGUCACUUCAGAAAAAUUUGAACCUCAGAUCAACCCAGAGGAGAGUGAACUGCGAUAUGCUCGCUGGAAGAAAGCUGUACAGAGGGCUAUGAACUGGGAAACCACUGAGCCAGUCAAUAAUGGAAAUGAGGAGACUAGUAUCUUCAGUAGUGUACCCUUGGGCUUUUACAUUCUGGGUAGCAUGUUUAUGUUAAUUGGAGCAAAGUACAUUGCAGCAGGGCAGAAGUAGAAUUGAACCCUUCUGCAUUUCAGAAGAUAGGAGACAAAGUCAGAAGAACAAAAGCGGGUCCAUGAAACUCAAGAUGUGCUAUGGCUUUGGCAGACUUCGCCCCGUCAGAGACAUUCCAACUGAAAUAGAGGUUGUUAAUGUUUCCUGCAGACAUAGUGCCUCCAAAUUAUAUAAGAAGACCUUUCUGGCUAUGUAGCAGGAAGUUUUAUUGACCAUAUUUGAUAUGACGACAUCAACAUUUCUCAUGUCAUGUGGCUGCACCUGCAGAGCAUUACUGUAGUAUCCUCACACUGUUCACUAGAAGGAACAUUGACACUGAAGUUGCAGUGGCUCAGUGUUUCUAGUAUUGGAAUUUUCAUUGAAAGAUUGAUUAACACAACUGAGUGCUGCUUACUUUGUCUUUUUUUUUUUCUUUUCUUUUUUUUUUAAAUGGCACUGACAGUCACAGACGUGUGUCUGUGCAUGGUGGUGACAUUUAGUUUGAAAGAGCAAGAUAUAAUAUUAAUUCAGUUACCUGUGAAACCUAUUCAGGAGACCGUUUUAGUGCACUUUAUAAUGUAUUUUGCUGUUUUGUGUAUAACAGCAAGGGAACCCUGCUAUAAUGUACAUAAUGUGACAUCUUUCCUCUUUUACAAAUUCAUUUGCAUUUGUCUGUUGGAAAAGUUUGUCAUUUUGUUGACAAAAAUACUGUGCAUAGAAAUCUAAGUCAAGUUAACUGGUCCAAAACACUGUGGCCCUGCUAGACAUAAGUUGCACUACUGCAUAGUUUCAGUUUUUGAAGUUUUUACCCCUAUAUGAGAGAGACCAUUAAAAAAGAUGUCACUUGAGUAGUGUUAAGUCAAUAUCUAAAGAAUUACUGGCAAGUUUUGUGUAAUUAUAUUUAAACAAACAUACUGUUAUUAAUUGUUGAGCAUUGUUUUGUCUUAUUUUUGGUCAUGUCACUGAAAUUGUGCAUGUUAAUUACAUACUGUGCAGCUCAAUGAAACUAUGAAGAAGGAUGUUAACAUAGAUCAAAAUAAUUUUACAGUAAGAAUUUCCUUUCAGUUCCAGCAACUGAUUCCUUUUUAAAUAUCUAAUUUGAUAGUUGCCACUUGAUUUUCUCUCAUACUUAUCGUCGUAGAUCUUAUAAGAUUUCAUUAUACAGAUAUUGACAAUUUUUUUUUUUUUUAGAGGAAAAAAUGAAUUUGUAUGUUUUUGUUGUUUUGCCAAACUUCUAAUAAUACAAUUGCCAAUUUAAGUCUUGUUUGAUGCAUUAGUUUGCAUUUUAAAGAAUAAAUCUGUUUUGUGAGCUUUUUUAUAAUGUACUCUGAAAGGUACUUCCUUUUUUCCCCAUUUGAUUUGUAUCCAUAAAUACUUGAAAUGCACCAUAACAAAAAAAAUCAAAAAUGUUUUACAAAAAGUAGCCAGUAUUAAACUUUAGUCAUUUGUUUUCUUCAGUGUAUGGGCUUUGAUUGUUAAACAUUUGCAAAAAGUAACAUCUCUGGGUUACAGAUGUUGGUGCAUGCAAUAUUAUUUCUUUGAUUAAAAGUGGUGAUGUUCAUUCAUUAGCACAUACUGCA